AUGCCACCUGUUUUCUUCCGCAAAGCCGGGUCUCUAACGUCUGAAGAGAUACGGGACGUCACAUCUUGGCUGGAGACUCAACUGCAAGAAGCCAACGACUACAAUCAACGUUCGGUUGAACAAGUUCAACUGCGAGAGCUUAGAGAACUCAUGCAGCAUCUAUCCGACCUCCGGCCAUAUUUGGACCUCGACCGAACCCGGAGGGAGUACAAGUACAUCCACGGUUUGGGUAACGCUCUCGCCAAUGGCGCUGCCUUGACCGACGGCGCCGUCGCUUAA